GGACGUGCGCGCCCCGCCGCGGGGACGCCGCGCGUGCGCGCGCGCAAGGCCGGGGCCGCGCUCUGGCAGCCCGGGAGCUCGGUUUCCCCCCACCCCCCGCAGGACGAGGGAUGGCGCAGCCUCAGAGCCCGGGACCACGGCAGGCCCCGCGCCGCCGGGCCUCGAGUCGGAGCCAGCACCCGGCGCCAGGCCCCGGGCCCGGGGCGGAGCCCGGCAAGCGCCGCCGGGGGAGGCCCCGGAUCCGCACCGAGCUCGAGCUGGAGCAGCGCCGCAAGGCCUGGUACCGCCGGCGGUAUGUGUGCAGCGUCUACCUGGGCCAGCAGUGCGAGCGCUGGAAGAGGGUCCACCAGCAACUCGGCCACAGCAAGGACGAGCAAACCGCCCAGAGCCUGCUGGACUGCUUUACAGCAAGGAGCCGUGGCAGCUGUUCAGGGAAAGUGAGUUCGGCCGAAAACCUGGACCACCUGCACACAUCCUGCGAUGCCCUGCGACAGCUGAUGGUCUGGUCCCACCAGCACAGCCGGGAGUGCGGCUUUAUCCCGAACCUCAAGUCCGUCGCCUCGGGACGCGUGGAUGACUCAGCCACCAUGGUGUGGAGCUGCGCCGGGGGCCACAGCUACUCCUGGGAAAUGCUGGCCCCCCGCAAGGGCGUGGAGGGGAUCAGCGCAGAGCCUGGGGCAGCCCGCGCCCCAGCUCGCGGCACCGGCCGCGCCAGGCGGAGGGUACUCAGCAGCCUGCCCCCGAACGGGAAACGGAGCUGCCUGGGCUCUGGCGGUGUGGCCAAGGACGGCUCACCGGAAGUGCCAAGCGGCGAGACGGCGCCGGCGGGAGGCGCCGAAGCAGCGAGCGAGGCGGGCGGGCCAACAGGCGACCGCGCCUCACUCUCCCGGCGAGGGGCUGAGGGGCCGGCUACCCCGGGGCUUGCCACACUGCCACAGGCCGGCUGCCAGGCAGCUGACGGCCCCCCCGAGCAGCCGGGUGUGACGGACCAAGGUGGGCCUUCCCCGCUGGGCACCGUUGCCCCCGGCCGGGCCCGGAGGAAAAACCGCAGGAAGACAGGCUGCUCUCUGGCACCCACAGGCAACACUGAUCUGCUGCAGUUGGUGUGCGAGUCAGAUGGUGAAGAGCAGCCUGGCGAAAACGCCAAGGAGACUGGUGAGCGGCUGCAACGGCAAGAAGGUUCUCAGGAGUCAGAGAUGCAAGUUGCAGAGACUGAGCUCUUGUUGACUAGUGACAAUGAUAGUGAAGAGGAUGAGGAGCUGUUGACCGAAGUGGAUUCUGAUGAUGAAUAUCAAUUCUUCGAUGAUCCCAAGGAUGAAAACUAUAUUCCCUCGUCAGAAAGCGGUUCAGACCGAGAGAAGAGGAGGGGGAGACCUCGCAGAAACAGUACAAAAAAACUGCCUGAGGAGCCUGUCACCAGGAAGCCUCCGAAACGUCGUGGCAAGCGAGAUCCAAGCGAACAGCCGAAGAAAAUCCGGAAGAAGAUUCAGAAGCAGUACGUUCGCUGUGAGUUUGAGGGAUGUGGCAAAAUAGUCUCUAAUCCUCAGUAUUUGAAGCGCCACAUGAAAUACCAGCACAUGUUGCACAGAACUUUCGCCUGCUCCUACCCGAGCUGUGGGAGGAUCUUCCGCUUCAAAACACAGAUGGAGGAUCAUGAGAAAUUGCACAGCGAUCAGCGGAAUUAUAUCUGUGAGUUCUGCGGCCGAGCCUUUAAGACUGACAAGAACCUGGUGGUACACAGAAGGAUUCACACAGGAGAGAAACCUCUUCAGUGUGAAAUCUGUGGCUUUACCUGCCGGCAGAAAGCCUCGUUGAACUGGCACAUGAAGAAACACGACGCCGAGGCCGGAUACCAGUUCUCCUGUGACAUCUGCGGCAAGAAGUUUGAAAAGAAGGACAACGUGUCUGCCCACAAGAGCAAGAGCCACCCGGAGACGCUGCUGGCGGUCACCAGCCUGGCCGCUCUGGAGGAGAGCGGCUUUGGUGAAGGGCCCAGUAUUGUUCCGGUCUCUGCCUUCAGCCAAGAGCAGCCCGUGGGUAACCCCUCUCCUCUGGAGGCCGAAUCCCGGCUGGGCGGGUGGGCCCGGCUGGAGGAAGGCAGCUGUCUGGAAGGAGGCAUAAGGCUGGAGGUGUGGACACGCCUGGAGGACGGGGGGCAGCCGUCUGGCAGCCGAUAACCGUCUGGAGGAGGGGGGGCAGCCGUCUGGCGGCUGAGGAGCCUUAACCAUGCCUCCUCGUCUUAACCCCCCCCCCCAGCACUCCCUCCCACCCCCUGAGCGAUGUGGGCCGUGGGACCCAUCCUUUGCUCCAAACACUUCCCUCCCUCUAGCUUUCCCUCCGAGGGAUCACGGCGUUGAAGUGCGCACUGGCCCCUCUGAGGGGAGGGCAGGAGUGAGGGGGUUUGGGAGGAGUGGGACGUGAGUCUGGACUGAGGAGAGGAGCUGGAACAGGGCAACGGGGCUCCCAUUUCCCCCAAUCCCCCCACCCCCCUCGCCCCAUCACCACCAACCUCGAGAGGAGGUGGCAAAGGAGUCUUGUCUCUGGGAACCCCGUGAAUGUGGGGCUUCCCACCCCCCCCCCCCCCCACCUCAAUGGGCUGGAGGGAGGACAAGCCCCCCCCCCAACCCAAACCCGCAAAUGGAGGGGAUGUUGGUUUUGCAACUCAUCCCCUCUCCGUUCUCUCCUCCAACCCCUGCCUCAAUUCUGAAUCCAGUCAGGCAUCCUGCUCCCCCGACUUCCUCCUCCCGCCACCAAAUUCUUUUCACUACGAGAAGAAUCUAGUUUCUGGUCAAAGAUUUUGGUCCUAUUUUUCAGGAUUUGUAAAUAGUUUGCAACACAUACCGGUCAUUAUAGAGUCAGCGACAUGCCAGUAACUUGGUGGCUCAGAGCUGCCCCGAAGUGUGCCCGCCUUCUGUUGUAACUGUAUUCCUGUUGAGAUACAUCAUAUCGCAAUAAAACCCUCGCCACGCA